AUGGCCUCCUCCGCCGCUGCCGCCGGCCCCGCGCCGCCUCCCACCGACGACGACACCGCUGCCGCUGCGGCCGCACCCCCGCCACCCACGCUCUCCCCGCCGCAGACCUCGGCCCUCCUCUCCUCCUUCGCCGCCUUCCUCACCAUCUCCCUGCACGCGCUCCUCCGCCACCGGCGCCUCUACCCACCGGAGACGUUCCUCCUCGCCACCGCCUACAACCUCCCCGUCUACCAGUCCCGUCACCCGGACGUCUGCGCAUGGGUCCGCGACGCCGUCGCCGCCGCCCUUCCCCAGCUCCGCCACGGCGCAGUCCGCGCCCUCGCCCUCGUCGUCCACCACCCGCACGACCUCGCCGUCGCCGAGCGCUGGGUCUUUGACCUGUCGGGAUUCCCGCGCGAGGACCUCGACCAGGGCCGCGGUGGGGUUGGCGGCGGUGGUGGUGCCGCUGGAGGAGGAAGCAAUAGGAAGGGCAAGGGCGUGGGCGCCGCGGCGGAGGAGAGGAGGAGAAGAAUGGUGUAUGGUGGGUGGGGAGACGACGACGAUGCCGAGGGGGCGAUUAACUGGGCGGAUGUCAACGAGGCGCUCAGGGGCGCGCUGCGCAGGAUAGCCUACGCGGCAGAGACGACCCCCCCACCUCCCGAGGGCUGCACUUUUACUCUCGCCAUUGAGCUACACGACGAGGCCCCUGCCCCGAUCGAGCACCCCCAGCUCUGGAUCCCCUCGCAGCCGGAUCUCCAGCCUCCAACGCCGAGAAAUCCCUCCACGGGGUCCGCCCUUGGCGGUUCCUCCACGACGCCCAUCCGCGCCGUUCAGGCCGGGCCGCUGUUCUUCGAGUGCUGGUAUGAGCAGGGCAAGGAGGAGGACAAGGCGGCGGCAUCGACACAGGACAGCGACGCAAUGGGCGACUCGCAGUUCUCCAUGUAUCGCUAA